AUGGCUAGUUUGAAUCUACGUACUUCAGCGCAUGCCGCAAUUGUGCGCAUUAGCAAAAUGACAGAAGCAGCUAAUUACGAUCCGGACAGCAUUGAGUGCGAUGUGAUUCGUAGACAAUUGGACAAGCAUUUUGAAAGGUUUAUGGAGUAUCAUACGGAUCUGGUGUCUUCAGCACAAGCCAGCGAAUUGACCACACAUGACGACUUCUUGGCUGCUACGCAGUUGCUGUACACACAAAUAUGUAUUCGACUACGUCGUAUAUGUGGCGCUAGUGAAGGUGGUGUUUGUGUGGCGAAUCAAUUGGACAUGCGAUUAGAUCCAAUUAAGAUUCCUGUGUUCAAUGGUGACCCAGCGAAUUGGCUGCCUUUUAAAGAUUUGUUCGAGGCACUAGUUCACAAUCGUAAGGAUCUGGAUUCCAGUUAUAAAUUAAGCAAGUUACGCCAACAUGUCAAUGCUGAUAGCGUACCAUUGGUCGGUGGACUUUACACAGGCGGCUAUGAGGACAUGUGGCAGGAGAUGAAACGGCGAUUUGAUAAUCCACGCUUGUUAGUGGAAUCGCACGUGCAGCGUAUCCUGAAUUUACCUAAUCAACCCGCCGAAUCCCAGAAGGGCUUGCUUCGACUAGUUGACACCGUCCAAAAUGUGAUGCGAGCUUUAAGCGUUAUGGGUCUUCCGGUAAGGCAUUGGGACGCCCUCUUGGUGCCACUUCUGCUACCUAAAUUGCCCACUAUCACCAGGUAUGAGUGGGGGAUGAGCCUUCGGACGAACAACAUACCAAUGUAUCAGGACUUUUUGACAUUUAUUGAGAAGCGUGCCAACAAUUUGCCUCAAGGAUCUACGAACGGUACAUCAACUCUUCAUCAGAGACCCACCCGUCCCGUUAAGGCUAACGUUGCAACGUUAAGCGGCUUUCGUUAUGUUUUAACUGCCUUGGAAGUGAUCAUGGAUCUCGUGAUUGUACAUCGUCAUCAUACGAUGCUCUGCAAAGGCAACGUUGCGAACAAUACACCGACUAUGGAGGAAGACACCGACAAUCGCGUAACCGAUCGGAAUAUAUCCCUGGACACACCUUCAACCCAGGUUCCACAGGUAUACCCACGACAACAGUGA